UCUCUUCCUCUGUCUAUCUCUUCUUUUCCAGCACACUUCUCUUCUCUUUCUCUUGUCUUCGUGGGAGAUUUGGGAUCUUACACAACAACAACAACAACAACAAUAUCUUGUCUUAUCAUUCGUUCUUUUUGUCCGUAACAAUUAUUUAAGGAAAAUAAAUCUUGAAUUCAAAAUACAAAAAUGAUGGCAGACAAUGAAGGAAGAAGAACGCCGUUAAUGAAUCUUGGGGUUCAAGUGUCGAUGAGAGUGUUAGCCUUUGGAGCUGCAAUGGCCUCGUUGUUGGUCAUGAUCACUAACCGUGAAGUCGCCUCUGUUUAUGGCAUUGCUUUUGAGGCUAAAUACAGCUACUCCUCUGCCUUUAGGUAUUUGGUGUACGCACAGAUAGCUAUCUGCGGCGCGACAUUCUUUACACUUGUAUGGGCUUGUUUAGCAGUCCGCAGACGAGGACUUGUUUUUGCACUCUUCUUAUUUGAUCUGCUUACGACGAUAACAGCGAUAUCGGCUUUCUCUGCGGCCUUCGCGGAAGGUUACAUCGGGAAGUACGGUAACAAAGAGGCCGGUUGGCUUCCCAUCUGUCAUUAUGUGCACCAUUAUUGCAAUCGUGUCACUAUCUCACUGGCUUUGUCAUUCUCCUCUUUUGUACUCUUGUUCCUUCUUACGGUCAUAACUGCCUCCGCUGCUCGUAAUUACUGAUUUUUUUUUUUUUUUAUUUUAUACUUCAUACAAUUCCUUUAAUUUUACUGCAAGAUAACUCAGUAUCAUUGUUAUAU